AGGAGGAGGAGGAGGCGGCAAAGUCUUAAGUUCAGAUCCGGAAACUUGGGGCUGCUGCUGGGCUGGCCAAGUGGGAGGCCGAGGCCGCCUUGCUUGCUUGCAACCGGAGCCUCUGGGACUGGAAGACGCCUGCUGCUGCCUCUCUCCGGGAAGGAGCCCGCAAGGAAGCCUCUCUCUCCUUCCUUCCCCAUUGUCCGCCAUUAUGCCAGAUCAGACGUACUGUGAUCGUUUACAGCAGGACAUGGUUUUUCUAACAAGCCACAGCAGAUUGAGUGAACAGCUGGUUGACAAAAUCAUCCUUCAGCUAAACAGAGUUUAUCCCCAAAUUCUCACCAAUAAAGAAGCUGAAAAGUUCCGAAGUCCCAAAGCUUCCCUUCAUAGCCGGUUGUCAAACCUUAUAGCCCACUUGCAGAAGAAAGGUGACAAACCGUGUCAAGAAUUUUACCGUGCUUUGCAAAUCAAUGCCGAACAGCUGUAUAACAACUUGCCAAGCAGGAAAAUUCUAAAAACCUCAGAUUCCACAGGGAUAAACCCUGAGAAGGAGCAAUAUAUUCUAAAUGACAGGGGCCCAACGUUCUUCCUUGCUUGCUUCAGUGUUGCUGCAGGUUUAGCAUUCUUCAUGUAUUGCUGUAACCCAGAUUCAAAAGUCCUGGGAGGAGCCAAAAAGGUUUUGGGGUUUUCCCCAAUCAUCAUAGGAAGACAUGUGAGAAACAUUUGCAUGCUAUACGUGGAAGACUCAUCAAGGAAACAAUAAGAAGAAAUCACUUUGUGGUCUAGUGUCAAAAGUCCACACCAAUGAAAAAGCUACAUUGCAAAAUGAUAUCUUUUUUAUACCAAAGAUAUAACUAAGACUACAAUCCUAUACACACGCAACACGAAGUAAAUCCACUGAAAUCAGCAGGCCUCAGUGUCUGAGUAAACAUGCAUAGGGUUGUGGUCUAAGUGGCUUUAACAGUGUCUAUAUUAUGCUUCAAAGGGCUUUCCAAAGGUCAAGUAUAUGUGCCUUUUACUUGUGAGAGUGGAUUAUUUUAUUUUUGUACGAAUGUAUUUUAAACUAUUUAUCACUUUGAUAAUGUAGGUGUUUUGUGGUUUGUUUGUUUUUUAAAUAGAGGCAUUUGAACAAGCCCUCAAUUGCUACAAAGUCUUAAAAGUCCAAUCAGGGCUAUUUGUUGUUGGCCUUGGUUUAGAGGGACACACAGAGAGAGUGGUUUCCAUUCCAGAAAGAGCUGUAUUAUUGCUGAGGUUUGUCCUCAACAUUGGGGCAUGUUGUGUGAGGUCCUUGAGAAAGAAGAGAGGGGAUUGUCUGGAUGUUCAUGUAGGUAAUUGUGAGUUCCACAUGGGAGCUCUCCUGUGCCUCUCUGCUUGAUGACGAACAAUCAGAAAUAUUCCAAUUAUUACAAAUGUUAACUCUAUCUCUAUUUAACCAUCAUAAAAACAAGUUGAAGAAAUACUUAGGAAGAAAGGGAUCAUACUAGCUCCACUCCCUUCUUAUGCGUUCCCAUUGUGAAUGGUGGCUUCCUGAAGGGACAAGUCUUCUUCUUCUGUCUGUGGAGCCUUUCCAAGUUGUUUUGGAAUACUGCGAAGUUAAUAACCCAGACUGUCUUUCUAACUGGUAAACCUACAUGGAUGGAAAAUAACACAGCAACAGUCUAGCAUGCUGUUUCUCCUAGAAACACAAUUUCAUAGGGCCUCCAUGUGCCUUUUAUGUUACUUCUGAUGUAGGUAUAUGUUGUAGACAUCAUGCCUAGUGCAUCACUUCCUCCAUUGGCAACUGAGGGUGGGGUUCUUCUGUGUUAAAAAGCAGCACACAUGGGUUUAGGUAAUGGCCUUUUUUUGAGCAACACUUGAAAGCUAUGAACAGCACUUGAAACAAAUGAACCCAAAGCCUUAUUGAAACAUGGACCAUGUAGCUUUACUCUUAAGCAUCAGUACUGUCUGUUCUUUCUGUUCUUGGUACACUCCAGGAAUUCAGAGUGACAUAAAUAACUCAGGCAAAAGAAAAGACUGUCACAGAUAUGUGUUUGCUAGUCCAGCUGGGCAAGAUUUCAUACCAUGCUAGUUUCUUAUGUCAGUUUCUAAAAACACCAUUUUAAUGUGUGAGAAGGAAUUCAGGAAGAUGCAAAUCCCUGGCUUGCUUAAAGUUAAACUGGGAGAAGAAGAGUUGUUUAUUUUAAGACCAUUAAUUUCUGUACUCAAGGCAUCAAUAACUGAUAUUAAUAUGAUACAUACCCCCAAGUUCCCAUCCUUUUUCAGAACCAAAUGAACUUGUACCUUCUGCAUGCAUGCCUAUAGUGUCAAUCCAUUUAGUUGUUUAUCUCCAUCUCACUCUUAUAAAACCUAUGAGCUGGUUAACAGUAGAGACUGCUGGAGCAGUACAGUCAGCCUUUCUUAUACAUGGAUUUCUUAUAAACAGAUUCAAGCAUGCAUGGUUUGGAAAAUGUUUUUAAAAAAGUAUAAAUUUCAAAUAUCAAACCUUGAUUUUCCAUUUUUUAUA